CACAACGCAACAACUUCAACCUCAAUCGCCACCGCCGCGAGAUAGAGAGAUAGAGGCCUCAUCCCUCGGCCUCUCUGCCUGAGCUCUUAUCUCAGCUCUGUCCCCUCUCCCAAUCCCCCAAUCGGUCACAAACAGAGACCAUGGCGAAGGUCUUUGACGCCGCCGAAGGUACGUCUCCCGCGCGCCCAAAAUACAUAUGCGCCCUCCAAUAAUUGCAACACCAUGGGUCACGGUCCGCGAUGCAUGGUUCACGUUCACUAACAGCCACCGCCUUUUCUUCACAGUGGCGAAACACAACACGGCAGAUAGCUGUUGGGUCGUGCUCUACGGCAAAGUCUACGACGUCACAGACUUCCUGCCCGAGCAUCCUGGCGGCAAGAAGAUCAUCCUCAAGUUGGCUGGCAAAGAUGCCACUGAGGAAUAUGACCCCGUCCACCCGCCGGGCAUUCUUGAAGAGAACCUCAGCCCAGAGAACUUUCUCGGCACCGUCGAUGAGGGCUCGCUUCCCCAGUCUGAGGUUGUCGCUGAGGACACCAAGAAGGACUCAGAUGCGCCGCCACCGCUGGGUCUGCUCAUGAACCUCGACGAAAUCGAGGAGGAGGCCACUAAGCGCAUUUCCAAAAAGGCAUGGGCCUACUACUUCUCGGCCAGCGACGACCUAAGAUCAAAGUCCUUCAACAACCUUGUCUACCAGAAGAUCCUUCUGCGUCCCAGGGUCUUCGUCGACUGCACCUCCUGCGAUCUCUCCACCAAUUUCCUAGGCCACAAGGUCGGCAUGCCCAUCUUCGUUGCCCCGGCUGCCAUGGCCCGUCUUGCCCAUCCCGACGGCGAGCAAGGCAUCGCCAAGGCCUGCGCUCGCUUCGGUGCCAUGCAGAUCGUCUCCAACAACGCCUCCAUGACCCCCGAGCAGAUUGUCGAGGGCGCCGCUCCCGGUCAAGUCUUUGGCUGGCAGCUAUAUGUCCAGAACCAGCGCGAGAAGAGUGAGGCCAUGCUCAGGCGUAUCAACGCCAUGCGCGACCACUACAAGUUCAUCACCCUGACUCUCGACGCCCCCGUUCCCGGAAAGCGUGAGCUCGAUGAGAAGUCAAACUUUGACUUCGCUGAUACCAGCCCCGCCAGCGGCGAGGCCACAGAGGCCAAGGGUGGCGUGGGACAACAGCUCUUCUUCGGCACUGCUGCCGACCUGACGUGGAAGACGACGCUCUCAUGGUUGUCUGAACACACCGACCUGCCCAUCGUGUUGAAGGGUUUGCAGACCCACGAGGAUGUUUACCUGGCUACCAAAUACCCUCAGGUCAAGGCCGUCAUCCUGUCCAACCACGGCGGACGUGCACUCGACACGGCACCUCCGGCCAUUCACACGCUGCUCGAGAUUCGCAAGUAUUGCCCAGAGGUGCUGACCAGGCUCGAGGUAUAUGUCGAUGGCGGCAUCAAGCGGGGAACAGACGUUGUCAAGGCUCUUUGCCUCGGUGCCACGGGCGUGGGCAUCGGACGAGGUGCGCUGUUCGGCCUCGGUGCUGGAGGCCAGGCGGGCGUUGAGCGUGUAUUAGAGAUUCUAGAGGGAGAGACAUCCACUUGCCUGAGGCUGCUCGGCGUCAAGAACAUCUCGGAGCUGGGCCCUAGAUUGAUAAACGCUCGCAGUGUGGAGCGAGAUAUCUACGAUGGCGAUCCGGGGUUGGAGCGGAGAGGCCUGUGGUCGAAAUCCAAGCUGUAAAGUAGAGAGCAUCAAUUUCAGAUGUCAAACAGAGGCCUCGGCUUGCGGGUGAAUACGCCCCACCCCUGGCCGACCGGCCGUCGCGCGACGGCGGUAGCUUUCGGACAUGGCGCUGGGCUGGCGCCAUGCAAGCCGGGUCUGCUACGCCGAGGGGCUGAGGUUUUGUGCGGCACAUACGCAGAAAACGAGGCACCGAAGCCCCGAAAGCUGAGGGUUGGUUGCGAG